GUUUGUGCAGGGGAAACUCAGUGGAGAGGAAGAUAUAUAUCCCCUUAAAUAAAACAGCUCCCUGUGUUCGCCUGCUUAACGCCACUCAUCAGAUUGGCUGCCAGUGUGACUUUGGAAACCCUGGGUUUCCAGGAAUGAGGACAACCAAUGUCAGCACAUCUCUAAUCCAUUCAAGGCCUAUCAGUUGGGAAGCUCUGUUUUAGAGACCUCAGAGUUCUUGAUUAACCUCAUCUAAAACCGGCCAGAAGCAACUUCAAUUAGUGGAGACACAGGGGUUAUCCACGUUGUAGAGAAAGAAGAGGACCUGCAGUGGGUAUUGACUGAUGGCCCCAACCCCCCUUACAUGCUUCUGCUGGAGAGCAAGCUUUUUACCAGGGAUUUAAUGGAGAGGCUGAAGGGGAGAACCAGUCGAAUUGCUGGUCUUGCAGUGUCCUUGACCAAGCCCAGUCCUGCUGUAGGCUUCUCUCCUAGUGUGCAGUGCCCAAACGAUGGGUUUGGUGUUUACUCCAACUCCUAUGGGCCAGAGUUUGCUCACUGCAAAGCAGUACAGUGGAACUUACUGGGCAAUGGUUUGGCUUAUGAAGACUUUAGUUUCCCCAUCUUUCUUCUUGAAGAUGAAAAUGAAACCAAGGUCAUCAAGCAGUGCUACCAAGAUCACAACCUGAGUCAGAAUGGCUCCGCACCAACCUUCCCGCUGUGUGCCAUGCAGCUCUUCUCACACAUGCACGCUGUCAUCAGCACUGCCACCUGCAUGCGACGCAGCUCCAUCCAAAGCACCUUCAGCAUCAACCCAGAAAUCGUCUGUGACCCUCUGUCUGAUUACAAUGUGUGGAGCAUGCUAAAGCCUAUCAAUACAACUGGGACAUUAAAGCCUGAUGACAGGAUUGUGGUUGCUGCCACCCGGCUGGAUAGUCGUUCCUUCUUCUGGAAUGUGGCCCCAGGGGCCGAAAGCACGGUGGCUUCCUUCGUCACCCAGCUGGCUGCAGCUGAAGCUUUGCAAAAGGCACCUGAUGUGACCACCCUGCCCCGCAAUGUCAUGUUUGUCUUCUUUCAAGGGGAAACUUUUGACUACAUUGGCAGCUCAAGGAUGGUCUACGAUAUGGAGAAGGGCAAGUUUCCUGUGCAGUUAGAGAACAUUGACUCAUUUGUGGAGCUGGGACAGGUGGCCUUAAGACCUUCACUAGAGCUUUGGAUGCACACAGAUCCCAUGUCUCAGAAAAAUGAGUCUGUUCGGAGCCAGGUGGAGGAUCUCCUGGACACAUUGGAGAAGAGUGGUGCUGGCGUCCCUGCUGUCAUCCUCAGGAGGCCAAAUCAGUCCCAGCCUCUCCCACCAUCUUCCCUGCAGCGAUUUCUUCGAGCUCGAAACAUCUCUGGUGUUGUUCUGGCAGACCACUCUCGUGCCUUCCAAAACAAAUACUACCAGAGUAUUUACGACACUGCUGAGAACAUUAAUGUGAGCUAUCCUGAAUGGCUGAGCCCUGAAGAGGACCUGAACUUUGUAACAGACACUGCCAAGGCCCUGGCGGACGUGGCCACAGUGCUGGGACGUGCUCUGUAUGAGCUUGCAGGAGGAACCAACUUCAGCGACACAGUUCAGGCUGAUCCCCAAACGGUUACCCGCCUGCUCUAUGGGUUUCUGAUUAGAGCCAACAACUCGUGGUUCCAGUCUAUCCUAAGGCAAGACCUAAGGUCCUACUUGGGUGACGGGCCUCUUCAACAUUACAUCGCUGUCUCUAGCCCUACCAACACCACUUACGUUGUACAGUAUGCCUUGGCAAAUUUGACUGGCACGGUGGUCAACCUCACCCGAGAGCAGUGCCAGGAUCCAAGUAAAGUCCCAAGUGAAAACAAGGAUCUGUAUGAGUACUCAUGGGUCCAGGGCCCGUUGAAUUCCAAUGAGACGGACCGACUCCCCCGGUGCGUGCGUUCCACUGCACGAUUAGCCAGGGCCUUGUCUCCUGCCUUUGAACUGAGUCAGUGGAGCUCUACUGAAUACUCUACAUGGACUGAGAGCCGCUGGAAAGAUAUCCGUGCCCGAAUAUUUCUCAUUGCCAGCAAAGAGCUUGAGUUUAUCACCCUGAUAGUGGGCUUCGGCAUCCUCAUCUUCUCUCUCAUCGUCACCUACUGCAUCAAUGCCAAAGCUGAUGUCCUUUUCAUUGCUCCCCGGGAGCCAGGAGCCGUGUCAUACUGAGAGGACCCCAGCUUUUCCUGCCAGCUCAGCAGUCCACUUCCUAGAGCAUCUGUCCCACUGGGACACAACCACUAAUUUGUCACUGGAGCCUCCCUGGGCCUGUCUCAGACUGGGAUUAACAUAAAAGAGUGGAACUAUCCAAAAGACACUGGGAAAGAUAAAUAAGUUGCCUCCCUUCCUCCGCUCGCCUUUCCCAUCUCUCCUCCAUUUCCUCCUCUUCCCUACUCGUGCCAGAUAUUGGGGAUUACAAAUAGAAGCUUCUUGCUCCUGUUUAACUCCCUAGUCACCCACCCUAAUUUGCCCUUCAGGAUCCUUCUUCUACUUUUCCCAUCCUGCCCUGUGCCUCUUUCUGCUCCUCACCCCCACCCCUGAACCCAGCCACCUUCCUGACAAGGAAGGACAUAAAAGGUUGAAUGUCAGGAUCAAACGACAUGGAACCCUUGAAGAGGAUGACAGGGGCAUCUCUGGGCUGAGCCUGCUGUCUCCUUCCCACCGUCCUUUCUUCAGGCCCUCAGAUGGCACAUUAGGGUGGGCGUGCUGCGGGUGGGUAUCCCACCUCCAGCCCACAGUGCUCAGUUGUACUUUUUAUUAAGCUGUAAUAUCUAUUUUUGUUUCUUUUUCUUUUAUUCUUUUUUGUAAAUAUAUAUAUAUAAUGAGUUUCAUUAAAAUAGAUGAUCCCACA